AUGACUAACAUUGUGUCCUCUAGGAUCUCUUACAGUCCGAUAACUGAGGUGAUAACACAUCUACUGGACCAUAUACCAGAGGAUCUGCCAGUUAGAGACACAGAUGACUCCAUUCACCUGUUGGAAGGGACUUCAGGUAAGAGUGUGAAGGCCCAGUCACAGGUGGGCAGGAUGAGCCAGAAGCAACUGAACUACAGACUCUUUCAUCUUCACGAGAAGCCCGUAUUGGUGAAGGAACUUCCUCCAAAGCAACGAGAUAAAAGCAAAAGGCAGAGGAGUACUGUGCAGCAAUCCACCUCUACCCAACCGGACCUGCGAGCACCUGCUGGGAUCCGGGAGCCUGCGAGGCAGCCACGCUGCUCCUCGGCGCCCCUGCGCCUCUUGGUUCCCAGGAAAAAAGCGCAUCUACAGCGCCGGUGUCCCUCCAGCGCGGCAGGCGGUGCACAGCCUCGAGUGCACGCAGGACGAAGACUGUCCCACACACCUGGGCCAAAAGACAGGCACAGCUAUACAUCACCUCCCACAUUCAAGGGCUAUUCGGCAGAUGAAUGCAACAGAAUGGAUAUAACCAGUGAACCCAGCCAACUUGCUCCCAUUAUGAUUACUACACAAGUGGACGAGCCUCCCGGGUCUCCUGAGAGAAGGCCCAGAGAUGCAAAGCUUGCACAGACAAGCCCAGUGGAGUGUGCUCGGAAGGCUGCAGAGCUUCGAGCUUCUAUUAAGGAGAACGUGGAGCUGAUUCGACUUAAGAAGCUCUUAUAUGAAAAGAAUGCCUCACUGGCAGCCACAGAAGCCCGAUUAACACAAGUUCAAGAGGCAUAUGAAGACUUGCUCCAGAAGAAUCAAGGAAUAUUGAAUGCCACCCAUGAUGCCUUCCUCAGCCAAGUGAAUGAGCUCAAAAAAGAGCUGACAGAGGAGAGCAAGAAGGUCAUGAGCUUGAAGACACAACUGGAAGAUGUGUCUAUCUUGCAGAUAACUCUGAAGGAGUUUCAGGUCAGAGUUGAAGAUUUGGAAAAUGAACGAAAAUUGCUAAGUGACAGUUAUGACAAACUCUUAGAAAACAUGCCUGACAGCAGUCAUCAGCCUCCCUGGAGCAGUGAGCAAGCCAAAGAGCAGAUACCGAUGCCAGCCUGCCCACUGCAGAGCCAACUGGACACUGGGAUGGAGGAAACAGAAGUCUUACUCCAGGCAACCAACGAAAUAGCUGAAGGUGAAGACCUGAGGCAUGAAGUCACCAAGAACUGUUACCAGCAUGAAUGGGAAGAAGAGGAACUCCAGACAGCAGCCACAGAACCCCAGUCUCCAGAAGAGCCAUCUGAACCGGCUGCUCAACCCACUCUGUUCCAACAGAUAGAGCAGAUAGAGCCCAGUGAACCAGAAGCUCCAGAAGAAAACAACCUGUCCCAGAUGCUAAACGAGUUGCAAGUGUCGCAUGCAGAGACUACACUGGAACUAGAAAAGACCAGAGACAUGCUCUUUCUUCAGCGCAAAAUCAACGUAUGCUAUCAGGAGGAGAUGGAGGCAAUGAUGACAAAAGCUGAUAAUGAAAACAGGGACCACAAAGAGAAACUGGAGAUGUUGAAUCACCUCCUAGACCUCAAGAACAGCCGCAUAAAGCUACUGGAAGAGCAGCUCAGAGACAUUGCUUAUGGCACUCGGCAACCGUCAUUGUGUCUGGAGUCACUGCCAGCCCACAGAGGUGAGGAUGAAGUGGACAUUUCUCUGCUGCAUCGCAAUGAGAAUCUUUUUGAACUGCACAUCCACCAGGCCUUCCUGACGCCUGCUGCCCUCGUACAGGCUGGAGAUACCCAACCUACCACUUUCUGCACUUACUCCUUCUAUGACUUUGAAACCCACUGCACCCCCCUCUCUGUUGGGCCACAGCCCCUCUAUGAUUUCACCUCCCAGUUUGUAGUGCAGACAGAUUCCCUUUUCUUGCACUACCUUCAAGGAACUUCAGUCCGGCUCGAUCUCCAUCAGGCCGUGGCUAAUGAGCAUCAUAUCCUUGCCACUGGACGGAUUUCAUUUGACAAGGUGCUAGAGACUGUGGAGAAAGUCCAUGGCUUGGCCGCACUUACUGGAGCUGGUGGAGAAGACUUGGGGGUGUUAGAGUACUGGAUGAGGCUGUGCUUGCCCCUAAAAGCCAGCCUCCAGGCAUGCAAUAAGCAAAAGAAAGCCCAGGCCUACCUGUCAGCCAAUGUGCUUGGAGCUUGGAAGGCCCAGAAGGAUGAGUCCAGAUCUGAGUCCUGGACACCUCGGAAUGAACUGCGGAUUGAAAUCACUGGGUGCUGCGGCCUCCGGAGCCCAUGGCUGGGAACUCAACCCAGCCCAUAUGCCAUGUAUCGCUUCUUCACCUUUCCUGAACAUGACACCGUCGUCAUCCCAGCCAGCAACAAUCCAUACUUUAAAGACCAGGCUCUGUUCCCAGUGUUUGUGACCUCUGACCUGGACCAGUAUCUGAGGCAGGAGGCCCUGUCUAUAUACGUUUUUGAUGAUGAAGACACAGAGCUGGGCUCCUAUCUUGGCCGAGCUCAUGUACCCUUGCUGCCGCUCGCACAAAACAAAUCUAUCAAAGGUGAUUUUAAUCUCACGGACUCUUCGGAGAAGUCCAGCGGGUCCAUCAAAGUGCAACUAGAUUGGGAGUAUGACUACAUGUCCCCAGAGGUCCCAAAUCCAGAAGCUAAGACGGAGAAUGAGGAGGAGGAGGAAGAGGAUGAGGAGGAUGAGGAGGAGGAGGAAGAAGAGGAGGAGGACACCAAAGAUGACUUGGAGGCCUCAACUACAGAAGAAAUGGCCCCUUAUCUUCCCCAGGACCAGAUGGCAUCAAUAGAGAUUCCCAUCGAGGCUGGCCAGUGUCACAUGAGGAGAAAACCUCCUCCAACAGCAGAAAGGAAGGAGAGAGAACAUCAGGUUGCAAGCUACUCAAGAAGAAAACACAGCAAAAAAACAGGUGGCCAAGACAAGAACCGAAUGGAGUAUCUGAGCCGUAACAUCUUGAAUGGAAACACACUGCAGGUGCACUACACUGAGUUGAAGUUUUCAGGGCUCAAGAUGUCCCAGGAUGAUGGCUUUAAAAUCCAGGACAAGAAAGCAAAAACACCACCAUCCCAGCCAUCACCGAAGCAGGAGGAUCCCUCACAUCCUACAAAAGCUCAAGAAUCCUCUGGACAAACUUCAGAAGCGAGUGAAGUACAAACUACAGACAGCGAUGACAUCAUAGUGACACCCCAAGCUCAGGCGUGUCCUAAAGCCGAUUCAGAGAAGAUAUGCAUUGAGAUUGUCUCCCUGGCCUUCUGUCCAGAUGCUGAUGUCAUGUUUGAUGAGAAUAUACAGCAGGUAUAUGUGGAGUACAAAUUCUGUGACCUGCCUCUCUCCGAGACAGAGACUCCAGUGUCCCUGAGGAAACCAAGGGCAGGAGAAGAAAUCCACUUUCACUUUAGCAAGGUGAUAGACCUGGACCCAGUGGAACAACAAGGCAGAAGGCAGUUUCUGUUUGCCAUGCUGCAUGCUCAAGAUCCUGAGGAGGGACGUUUAAAGUUUACAGUGGUUAGUGAACCUCUGGAUGAAGAAAAGAAAGAAUGUCAAGAUGUAGGCUAUGCGUUCCUUGAACUGUGGCAGAUACUUGAAUCUGGAAGAGAUAUCCUAGAGCAAGAACUAGAGAUUGUCAGCCCUGGAGACCGGGCCAUCCAAAUUGGAAGGCUGAAGGUUUCCCUUCGAGCAGCUGCUGCCCUCCAUAGCAUUUACAAGGAGAUGACUGAAGAUUUGUUUUCAUGAAAGAACUACUCCACUCUAAGAUUUGAGAGAACCACAGUGAGAGUCUCUUAUAAAGUAACAUGCUAUGCCAUAAAUCUGGUCUCCUGUGCU